AUGUACAAGCAUUUUCUCAUCAACAGCAGAUCUAAAAAAUUAUUACUUGAGAAAACGAGAUAUAAAUUCUUUGACGGGGAUAGGAUAGGGACACAGAGUCCGAACUGGGUAAGAAGUAAAUCUUACAAUCUUGGUUUCGGACUUGGGGUGCGUGAUCGCGAUCGCGGGAUUAUUAAAUUGUAUACGCAUUCACAGAGAGGAAGAGGAGAGACUUUACCAAAGAUGGAUAAUAUCAGUGCGAGCGACGUGGCGAGGUUGGCGGGAGAGGGGGAGGUGGGGGAGGUGGUGGAGGGGGGAGGAGGGGGGAAUGUGAGGGGUGGAAAGGGUGGAAAGGGGGGGAGAGGGGGGAAUGUGAGGGGUGGAAAGGGUGGAAAGGGGGGGAGAGGGGGGAAGGGAAGAGGUGCUGCUGCUGGGGGAAAUGAAAAAAAUAGAGAAAUGCUGGUUAGUAAGGCGUUGUCUAAGUUGUUGAGACAUGCUGCGGAGAGUGAGGGGGUGAUGUUGGAUGGGGAGGGGUUUGCUAGGUUGGAUUUGGUGAUGCAAUGGCCUCGUCUCAAAUCUCUCAAACCAACGUUUGCCGAUAUCCGCACCGCCGUCACUGAUAAUGCCAAGCAGCGUUUCUCUAUGGAACCCAAUCCAUCCCUUCCAGAACCACCUUCUCCUUCUUCUGAAAACCCAGGGGAUUGGAUGAUCCGUGCUAAUCAAGGUCAUUCCAUCGCCAUUGAUUCCGCGGCGCUACUGGUUCCCAUCACGCUCGAAGCGGGGAAUGUACCGCAAACAUGUGUGCAUGGGACUUAUUUUGCUUUUUACGAAGAGAUUGUCAAAAGUGGAGGAUUGAAGAAGAUGGGGAGGAAUCAUGUACAUUUUGGGACGGGGGUUCCGGAAGAUGGGGGAGUGGUGAGUGGGAUGAGGGGAGAUGCGGAAGUGUUGAUCUAUGUGGAUGUGAAGAGGUGUUUGGAGGAUAUACCGGAGAUGAAGUGGUGGGUUAGUGAGAAUGGGGUGGUGUUGACGGAGGGGGAUAAAGAUGGGGUGGUAGGAACAAAGUUUUGGAAGAGGGUUGAGGGGAGGAGGGAGGGGGGUUUGUUGUGGGAAGAUGGGGUUAAAGUGGCGGAGUUGGAGGAGGGGUUGAGGAAUAGGAAGGCGCCGAUGGGGAAGGGUGGUAGUGGUGGUAGAGGUGGAAGGGGUGGAGGAAGAGGAAGAGGAAAGGAAGGGAGGGGUGGUGGUAGGGGAGGUAAAAGGUCCGAUGGAAAUACGGAGAUUAGUAUUGAUGAAACAAAGCCUGUAGAGGAGAGCUAA